CCUUUAAGAGCGGCUGGCCCGGCACGGCCUCCGCCUCUCAGUCCGCGGAGCGCCAGCAGUCACCUGGGGCUCGCGCGGCAGCCGGAUCGCGGCGGGGUCGGCGCGCUUCCCCGAGCGGCGGCGGGAGAGGCGCCCCGAAGCCCUCUCCGCGUGGCGGUGCAGCGCCUCUCCGAGGCGGAGGAUGCGGGAGCGCAUCUGGGCGCCGCCGCCGCCGCCGCUGCUGCUGCUGCUGCCGCUGCUGCUGCUGCCGCGGCCAGUGUGGGGCGGCCCCCCGGACAGCGCGCGCCGGGAGCCGGAGCGGGAGCCCGGGCCUCUGCAGCCCUUCGACCUGCUCUACGCCAGCGGCGCGGCCGCCUACUACCGCGGAGACUACGAGCAAGCCGUGCGCGACUUGGAGGCGGCGCUGCGCAGCCACCGGCGCCUGCGGGAAAUCCGCGCGCGCUGUGCCCGCCGCUGCGCCGCGCGCCACCCGCUGGCGCCCCCCGGCGCGGGCCCCGGGGCCGAGCUCCCGUUUUUCCGCUCCCUGUUGGAGCGGGCGCGCUGUGACCGCAGCUGUGAGACCCAGCGCCUCGGGGGACCCGCAUCCCGUCACCGCGUCGGCGAGGAUGUGCGCAGCGACUUCCAGCGCAGAGUGCCCUACAACUACCUGCAGCGGGCCUACAUCAAGCUUAACCAGCUCGAAAAAGCAGUGGAAGCAGCUCACACAUUUUUCGUGGCUAACCCUGAGCACAUGGAAAUGCAGCAGAACAUUGAGAAUUACAGAGCAAUGGCUGGUGUUGAAGCAUUGCAAUUGGUAGACAGAGAAGCCAAACUACACAUGGAGAGUUACAAUGCAGGAGUUAAACAUUAUGAGGCUGAUGACUUUGAGAUGGCUAUCAAGCACUUUGAACAAGCCUUAAGAGAAUAUUUCAUUGAAGAUACAGAAUGCCGAAUCCUAUGUGAGGGGCCUCAGAGAUUUGAAGAGUAUGAGUAUUUAGGGUAUAAGUCUGGUCUGUAUGAAGCUAUUGCAGAUCACUACAUGCAGGUGCUUGUCUGUCAGCAUGAAUGUGUGAGGGAGCUUGCCACCCGCCCUGGCCGCCUCUCACCCAUCGAGAACUUUCUUCCUCUGCACUAUGAUUACCUACAGUUUGCCUACUAUCGAGUUGGUGAAUAUGUGAAAGCCCUGGAGUGUGCCAAAGCCUAUCUUCUGUGCCACCCAGAUGAUGAGGAUGUCCUAGACAAUGUGGACUACUAUGAGAGUCUGUUGGAUGAUAGCAUUGACCCCACAUCCAUUGAGGCCAGGGAGGAUUUAACAAUGUUUGUGAAACGUCAUAAGCUGGAAUCUGAGCUGAUAAAAUCAGCUGCAGAAGGUCUGGGAUUUUCAUACACUGAACCGAAUUAUUGGAUCAGAUAUGGAGGACGACAGGAUGAGAAUCGGGUCCCUUCUGGAGUGAACACAGAGGGAGCAGAAGUUCACGGAUUGUCAAUGGGAAAAAAGUUAUCACCCAAGAUAGAUCGAGACCUAAGAGAAGGUGGUCCUCUGCUGUAUGAGAACAUCACAUUCGUCUACAACUCGGAGCAGCUGAAUGGGACUCAGCGGGUUCUCCUGGAUAACGUCCUGUCGGAAGAACAGUGCCGGGAGCUCUACAGCGUGGCCACUGGAAUCAUGAUUGUUGGUGAUGGAUACAGAGGAAAAACUUCACCCCACACGCCCAAUGAAAAGUUUGAAGGUGCAACUGUCCUGAAGGCACUCAAAUCUGGUUAUGAAGGUCGAGUCCCACUGAAGAGUGCCCGUCUGUUUUAUGACAUCAGUGAAAAGGCUCGAAAGAUUGUAGAAUCUUAUUUUAUGCUGAACUCAACUCUGUAUUUUUCCUAUACACACAUGGUCUGCCGAACAGCCCUGUCUGGUCAGCAGGAUAGAAGAAAUGACCUCAGUCAUCCCAUCCAUGCUGACAACUGUCUGUUGGAUCCAGAGGCCAAUGAAUGCUGGAAGGAGCCUCCUGCUUACACAUUUAGAGACUACAGUGCUCUUCUGUAUAUGAAUGAUGACUUUGAAGGAGGAGAAUUCAUAUUCACUGAGAUGGAUGCUAAGACUGUGACUGCCUCUAUAAAACCAAAAUGUGGGCGCAUGAUCAGCUUCUCAUCUGGAGGAGAGAACCCUCAUGGGGUGAAGGCAGUCACGAAGGGCCAGAGGUGUGCAGUGGCUCUGUGGUUCACCCUGGACCCACUUUAUAGAGAAUUGGAGCGAAUACAGGCUGAUGAAGUGAUUGCAAUCCUGGAUGAAGAACAGCAAGGAAAGCAUGAACUGAAUAUCAACCCUAAAGAUGAGCUAUAAAAAUGAGAAAGAAUGUUCUAUCAAAUAUUUAUUUAAAUUGUUAAUCUUAUGAGAACCUUUUUAUUUUUGUACAGAGCCAUGGGAUAAAUUAACAGGUUAAUAUGAAUCAUCAGAUCUCCCUUCUGUUCCUAAGGAUGCUUGUGUUGCAUCACUCAAUCUAUCGAUCUAUCUUUCUUGUUUUGGGGUUUCUCUCUCUCUCUCUCUCUCUCUCUCUCUCUCUCUCUCUCUCCUUUGACACAUGGUUUUACCAUGUUGUCUAGGAUGGAGGGCAGUGGCUGUUCACAGGUGUGAUCAUAGCACACUGCAUCCUCAAUCAAACUCUUGGGCUCAAGUGAUCCUCCAAGCCUCUCAAAGAGCUGGGACCACAGGCACGUGUCAUCACGCCCUGCUCUUUUUCGUGUUUUUUUCAUCAUUUCAUCUAUCCAUCGAAGCCCAGUUCACCUACUCCCCAAACACACACACAAUUUGCUGCAAAUCCAAAAGGUCAGAGAGAGUAAACUUGUUGGUGAAACUACAGCUGUCAUGUGUGCUCCAGUUCUAAAAUUAACAUGUGCUUAGUCUCUGAAGCCGUUUCUUGCUCUGUGCCUUUCAGCCACAUCCUCUUAGAAGCUAAUGGCCAUGAGCUCUGACUCUCCCAAAUGAGCUCCGCUUUGGGUCUGAGGAGCCUGUGACAGAGUCUGCGCUGCCUCAGGUAUCUCGGGAGUAAUGAUCACCUAGGAUCCAGGAGAUUUCAUGGAUGAUACAGUAAUCACUGUAUGAGAUAGAGGGGCCUCCAGUCUUUCCAGGGCCUUGGUGGAAUUUUUGGCUCUGGUGUUUUCACCAGACACUAAACUUACACUGGAAGCUUUGAUUGACCCUCCACAGUACUCCACAAAGGACCACCCUCUAAACUGUACAUUUUAGAAGGUCAUGUAGAGGUUGAAGUAGAAUGGCUUUUCACCCCAGUGACUUUGGAAGAAAAUCUCAAAUACUACCUGGAUCCACGCACCAUUGCCAGGUUGCCUGGGAGUGGGAUCCACUGAUGAAAAGAGGUAUUUUGUACUUAGUUAAGAAAAAUAAACUUCUGUUUGGUUUUCAUUGUCAUCUGCAUAUAUUUGGGGCCCCCUCCUCAUUGCUGCUAUCCGGCACACAGACUCAUGCCUGUGUCUGAUUUGUUUAAUAAAGGGAGCCUUAUUUUA